UUCAUCAGGUCCAAAUUAGUUGAAUUUUGCUUCCAAUUUUGUUAUAGCUUCCCUCAGUGUAUUCAUAGGUUAUUUUUCUUCCACACCAAAGGUACAAAUCCCAUAUAUUUUCUUUUACCAUUCUUGCUCUUUUCUACACAUGCGUUAAGAUUUGUUUACCAUCCAAAUUCAACACUUUUGUCUUUUGAUAAGGUGGAGGGAAGGACUGUGAAAGCUCAAAUAUGGGACACAGCUGGGCAGGAGCGAUAUCGAGCAAUAACCAGUGCCUAUUAUAGGGGUGCACUUGGAGCUCUUCUUGUGUAUGAUGUUACAAAACCAACAACAUUUGAAAACGUAAGUCGAUGGCUGAAAGAACUACGGGACCAUGCAGACUCCAACAUUGUGAUUAUGCUGAUUGGAAACAAAACUGAUCUGAAGCAUCUCCGAGCAGUUGCCACAGAAGAUGCUCAAAGUUAUGCAGAGAAAGAGGGUCUUUCUUUCAUCGAAACAUCUGCUCUGGAAGCAACAAAUGUCGAGAAGGCUUUCCAGGUAAUUCUCUCCGAGAUAUACCGGAUAAUUAGUAAGAAGUCAGUGUCUAAUGAGCAGCCCACCCCUGCCAACAUCAAAGAGGGGAAGACCAUAGAUGUAGGAGCAUCAGAAGCCAACACUAGAAAGCCAUGCUGCUCUUCAUCCUAAAGUUAGUAUGUAGCAAUAUCAAUUUCUCAUAUAUUUUGUUUUUUCCUGCAAUUUUAUUAUGUCCAUUAAUUCUGUUCCUCUGUCCUCUUGAGGGUUUAUUUUAUUUCGACUCCCAUAUUUUCACAUGUUAUUAUGAGUGUUUGAAUUAUGAUGGUGGUUUGAGAGGUCUGAAUGAUUUUCUUGUGGGUGCUGCAACUUUUUGAGUAUACUACUGUUUGGAUGGUGAUCUUAAAAGGUAAAUUUUUGGAGGUAAAGUUUG